ACGUGAAAGCACGUAAAGUUCUUACUCUUCUCAACGAGCUGCGGUGCUCAGGAAUCUGAGUUGUGUAGUUUACGACCAUGGAACAAAGUUAGCAUUAUGACCGGCGGGAAACUUUUAAGUUACAAACAAAAGGGCGUCCGGUGGAGAGGAUGAGUUGGGGCCGGGGAGCGAGGAGGAAAGCUGGCAGGCAGCAGCCCACCGAUGUGGAGGCCUUUGACCCGGAAGUGGUUGCAGAGGUCAGAGAACUCUUCAAUAAAGUCAGGACAUACGUCAAACCGGCCAAUGGGGAGUGGUAUAUCCCAGACCCCAGUGAAGCACUGAGACACCCAGCCCAGGAACACGUCCUCCUGCAGACCCUGAAGACGUCUCUAAAUGAGGUGAAGAACCGACUUAGCGAUAAGGAUCUGGAAGUCUGGCACCAGCAUACCAAUUCCACAAACCGUGCUGGGAAGGUCAUUGCUACUGUGCGAGCUGCCGCCAAUGCCGAGAUCUGCACUCAGGCCUGGUGCAAGUUCUAUGAGAUCCUGGGCACCUUCAACCUUCUGCCAGAGGAGGCGUUGGAGAGCGGUGAGCUGAACACUGUUCACCUGUGUGAGGCUCCAGGGGCCUUCAUCACCGCUCUGAACCACUACCUCAAAACCAGCGAGCACACGCGCUACUGUGACUGGAGUUGGGCAGCCAACACACUCAAUCCCUACCACGAGGCCAACGGAGGCGGCACCACCAUCACAGACGACCGCCUCAUCGCCAACACGCUGCCCUGGUGGUUCUUUGGCUCAGACAACACAGGAGACAUCAUGAGCCAGAGGCACCUGCUGGAGCUGCAGGGCUUUGUGGGUAACAUGCGCAGAAUUGACGUGGUGACGGCGGACGGGAGCUUUGACUGCCAGGGGAGCCCUGAUGAGCAGGAGGCCCUGGUGGCGUCGCUGCACUACUGCGAGGCUGCGGCCGCACUCUUCCUUCUGGGCCCAGGCGGCUCGUUUGUACUGAAGAUGUUUACUAUGUAUGAGCACUCCUCCGUCUGCCUGCUCUACCUGUUAAACUGCUGCUUCUGCUCCGUCAGCGUCUUCAAACCGGCCACCAGCAAGGCAGGGAACUCUGAGGUGUACGUUGUCUGUCUGCACUACAAUGGUAAGGAGGCUGUGAGGCCCCUGCUGUCUAAGCUGAUCCGUCACUACGGGCCGGACCUGGCUGCCCGUGAGGCCCUGUUCCCCAGCCGGCUCCUCCCACAGUCGUUCCUGGCGCAACAUGAGCAGGCGUGCUCCUACUUCCAUGCCCUGCAGACAGGGACGAUUGGGGAAAACCUGAGAUUGUUUGAGGGCCUGAAUGAGAAGCAGAAGCAACGACUGGAAUACAUCAGGGACUGCACUGCUCAGGACUACCUGCAGCGCUUCCAGGUGAGUUCUCUGCCACGGGCCCACUGGUUGUCUCGUAACACAGUGGCCCCAGCGUGUUGCAGCGUUAUGGGUCGGAGGCCCCUGGGCCAGAAGAAUCAGAUGGGCUCCUUUAACCAGCGGAGGGAGCUGCAGGCCCUGGGCUGGAAGGAGCGUGUUGGGAAGGGCCGCUAUGCUGCCUGGGUGGAAGGGCACUGCCCCGAGGACACGGGGGCAGGCUGUGUGCUGGCAGGGCCGCUGGAAGAAUGCCACAUGGACACCUGGUUUGUGGUAGUGGGGGCGGCCCUCCCUGCAGUCAGGAACUCACCAUUCUGUGAUGGGGGUCUGUUGAACCACCUCAAUGAAGCCUUGGAGCAGGCUUCCCUAGGCUCAGGCAUGGACGGGUCAGCUGCCUGGACUCUGGUCCCUCCCUGUAGCUCCUGCCCAAUGGUUGGUACCUCCUCCAUCCUCUCAGAGGUGGCAGCCCUAUGUGACAUCACUCCCUGCAAUGGCGAGGGAAACAGAAAGUGCCUAGUCUUUGGCAGAGCGUCGUGGUGGGGGGAUUGUGAGGAGCAGGCUGGGGGGUUGGUGCUGGAGUUCUGUUCGGAGCCGUCGUUCCCACCUACGGGGCGCACUACUCUGCAUGACGGGGAGCCGCAGUAUCAGAGAGACCUGCUGGACUGCGUCCUGCUCUCCCUGCACCGCAUGGGACCCGGCAACGCCCUCAUCCUGCCCCUCCUCUCCGCCUUCACCCGCGUAACCGCGGCAACCGUCCUUUGCCUCCACCUGUCCUUCCGCUCCGUCACCUUCAGGUGUCCUUCUCCUCCAGGUGCUGCGGGGGCGGUGCUGGUAUGUGUGGGGUUCUGUCCAGAGGCUGCCGCUCGACUCCUUCCCCACCUCAGUGACCUGCAGGAGCGUAUGGGCUGCCUGGCCAGGGAGGAGGAGGACACUGACAGUCUGCCUCUUGGUGGCCAGAGACAGCUACUGCAGUUUGUUCCCAUGGAGGAGCUGCUCAAAGGAAAGCUGGCAGAGUUCCUGUGGACCAUGAACUCUGCCAUCGCCCGUCAACGGCUGCACCUGCUCAUGCAGGCUUAGCUGGGUUCAACAGAGGGGCUCUCGGGUGUAUCGUAACAUAGCCUUGUCCGAAAACAAGCAUUGACUAGAUCAUUUCUCUAGCCCCUACCCCAUCAGAGUUGACAGAUCUGAAGGAAGUGGAUGGGUGGAAGCAAUAUGGUGGAAGCUCCCCCUAAACUUAAUCCCAUCCGGUCCCUUCAGAUCUGUAUCACAGAAGUGGGAACGGGGUGUUUUCAGACCUUGCAACUUUCAUUAUUUAUUAUUAUUUGUUCCCUGUUUUGAUGAAAAAUUAGAGGCAAGCAAUGCGGUAAAGGAAAUCUAUUUGAUAUAUUUUGAUUGGUGCUGUGAUGAUCAGACAUUGAUCAGACAUUGAAGGCCUAACUGACCUUUUUGAACAAUUAAUCUGUUCAAAUUAGGACAACAUUUGGUCACAUUUCCCUGGGUCUCUGAACUAAUGUCUUUUUAGGACAGCACAAUGAUUCCUGUACUGCUAAUUCAAGUUAUUUGAAGUAAAAAAUACAUUUGUAAUAGUUUCACUAUUAAAAAUAAAUAAAUUAUCAUGCAGUUUGUUAAGAGUUAAAAAGUAUUUUUGUGUCAUUUUCCUGAAACUGUCUAACCAGAAGUGACUAAAUACACUAUAUGACCAAAAGUAUGUGGACACCUGCUUGUCGAACAUCUCAUUUUAAAAUCAUGGCC